UCCGGUGCCUUGCGUCCUCGCGUUCCCAGGGGCGGGAGACGAUCCCCUGCUCUCGCGAGACGCGGGGAAAAAGGGCGCAGGGUUUGAAAGAUGGCGGACGACGUGGACCAGCAACAAACCAGCAACACCGUGGAGGAGCCGCUGGAUCUCAUCCGGCUCAGCCUGGACGAGCGCAUCUACGUGAAGAUGAGGAAUGACCGAGAGCUCCGGGGCCGGCUCCAUGCUUACGAUCAGCAUUUAAAUAUGAUACUAGGAGAUGUGGAAGAAACGGUGACUACCAUAGAAAUUGAUGAAGAAACCUAUGAAGAGAUUUAUAAAUCCACCAAGCGGAACAUCCCGAUGCUCUUUGUCCGGGGAGACGGCGUGGUGCUGGUGGCCCCUCCACUGCGGGUCGGCUGAAGCCACGAGCUGUCCUGCGUGGGAAGUCGGACCCUUGGCACGGUGGCCUCUUCAAAGGGACAGGGCAUUGGAAGGGGAAAUUUGCAGACAAUUUGAUAUUAAGAAAUGACCCAGGGACUGCUCAGCUCCUGGCGGAAGUUGUUUCGCAGGUACCUUAGCCCCUCUCUGCUACGUGGCAGUUUGUGUUUUCUGCAGCCUUCCUGGUCCAUACACUCACCGAGCUGGAGAACUCUGGAGCUGGUUUGCCCCAUUGCAUUUAUGUAGAGAAUUUCUGAUUUCUUUUUCCCUUUCAUUAAAUUUGGUGUUUCCUUUUUGCUUUUUUUUAAAA